AAAAAAAAUAGUGUUGAUGUAAUUUUCAAAUAUUAUUAGAGAAUAAAUUAAAUACUUUUGCAACUGGUAAGGCUAGACAAGAUAUGCUCAGCAUGGAAAUGCAAAGAUCUCAUCUCAAUCAUGGUAUUAGUUCGUUGCCAUCAGUUUUGACUCACCAUGGCAGCACGGUCGCCGGGACACACCAUCACCAUCAUAAUCACACUCAUCAUCUUCAUCGACAGCAUCACAACAAUCAUCAACACAGCAGCAAUAGCAACAGUAACACUUCUGGUCAGCAUGCACAACACCACCACGUUCAGCAUUUGCAACAUCUAGAUUCUAGUUUAAUGCAAAAUAGCUCAAACGACCACAGUCACACUCAACUGCAGUCAGCUCAGACCUUAACAUAUGAUGUUAAAUCGAAAGUUCACAAAUUAGAUGAAUAUUGUUUGACAAGCAAUGGCAGCACGAUUCCUACAAACACAUCAACUGGAUCGACAGCACAGGUGCCUACAAACUUUAUGUCUCAAACUGCAGCAGUCGAAUGGAUUACAGUCAUGAAUGAAAAUCACAAUAAUGCAG